AUGGGGGCCACAUGGAGGGAACCUGCCACAUCCACAGAAGCAGUAUAUUUGCACAAUGCUGCGCUGAGAACCCUGACCUCGGAGAUAGUCUCAUGCCAGUCGGUCUCGGCGCUCCCAGAAAAUGAAAAGAGCUUGAUCAAAAAUGCUGGUCCGGAUGAUACGGCAAUCACAAUGCGCCAGACCAUCUUGUAUCCGCAAGGGGGUGGUCAGCCAAGCGAUACUGGCACACUCGCGCUCGUUGAUCAAGAUCCAACAUUCACUGUGUCUUUCGUGCGCAAGGUGGAAGAUGGAAGGAUUCUUCACUUUGGCAAGCCGGUUGAGGGAAGUGCGCCCCUUGUUGAAGGCCAGGUUGUUGUCCAGCAAGUCGACGGUGCCAAGCGCGAUUACCAUUCCCGGUUACAUACGGGAGGACAUAUUGUCGGACUGGCAAUGGAGAUCCUUUUUCCAGAAAUGAAGAAAUUCAAGGCAAAUCACUUCCCAAAGGAAGCUUGCAUGGAGUAUGAAGGCCUGUUAUACAACGAGCAUAAGCCGCUGAUCCAGGCAAAGGUGGAUGAGCUGGUCCAGCAAGACUUGCCAAUCUUGAUCUCAUGGAUGGAGGAUGGAAGCGACCUUGAAGGUCGGGGCGCGACAAGAGCCGGUCCUGUUCGCAUCGCUAGCAUAGGUGGUCUUGAUCGAAACCCUUGUGGUGGUACUCAUGUGUCCCGAACCAGUUUGGUGGGACCAAUUACUGUGCGCAAGAUUAGUCGCCAGAAGGGCAUUAGCCGAGUAUCUUACGAAUGCGUGCAAGACAUGUAG